AUGCCAUAUACGAAAAAUACAUAUCCAAUUACGACAUUUAUUCUUCAACAUCUUGAUGAUUAUAGUAAUAUUCAACAUAUUUAUCCUAUUGUUAUUUUUACCAAUUAUCUUAUUGAAAAAUUUAACUAUCAAAUCAAUCGAAAUGAUGCAACUGAAAAGAAAAUUCUCUAUUAUUUAACUAAAGAUAAAGAUAAACAUAGAACAAAUCAACUUUAUAAUGAUUUUUUACAUGAUUGGUAUUCAUUAAAUUUAAAAGAAAUUCAUCAUGGUAAUCAAAUAAUAAAAUUCGAAAAGACUAUUUCAAAAGAGAAAUUUGCUAAAAGUGCAAGUAUAAGUGCUCUUCUAUUCAAUACAUCAAGUAAUGAAAUUGAAGAAAGCGUUUUCGACCGAGCUUUACGUGCUGAUGUUAAAGCUGAACUUCAGAAAACAACAUUUACUGAUGAUGAGUGUCAACGUGCCAUCAAACAAUUUUCACAUGAUGCAUUUGAAAAACAAACUAUUUCUCCUUUGUUGAAAAAUAUUGAUAGAUGGAUUUCGAUGCUCAAACGUUUGAUGAUACGCAUUCUAAAUACGAAUAUCGAACUUGAUGAACGAUUACAAGUCUAUCUUGAACGAACAUAUCUGUGGAGUGAUCCUAUUACUGAUGCUGAUCUAGCAACUUUUCAAAUUGAUAAUGAUAUUUUACAUCGACAUACCUAUGUGAUCCUAUAUGCUUUAGAAUGA